AUGGCGAAUCCUUGCGAAGUCCGAGGCACUGAGAUAACUUUAUGGCGGGGAACAAGCAAACGAAAUCUUGAAACUUUCAGAGAAGUUUGGAAGGAUAUAAACAAGAGAGGGAGGGAGCAAAUGGACUUGACAAAACCAGACAAGCCCCCGCCUCAACACCACGCCUCAUCCGUUUUCGCGUCAUUACAUCGAAAACCCCGGCCCGACGCAGACUUAGCAUCCAAGGCUGCCGAAGCGCGUGAAGAAGCCAUAAAAUCCGCAAAGCGGUAUCUCCUUGAAACCAUCCGUGAUGACUGGUCCUACGAACACCAAUCCGCUACUUCUCCUCCCGAAUCGGAGAGCCAGCACUUGCAAUCACAACCGCAAUCAGCUCUGAUCUGCGGCACUUUGGAUGGAGCUGUACAAUUACAUGCUCGCGAGGUGCGAGAAUGGCGGGAACGGGAACAGGAUAGCUCAUGUUCGGAAACUGGAGGAGUCGGAGUAACUUUUAAGGAAAUAGAUCCAGGACUCGUACACCCGCUCUCCGCUACCUAUGAGGUUAGAGACCCAUACAGGUUUGAGUCACCGGAUGCGGUGGAAGACAGCAUUUUGGAGAGAAAGAGGAAACGGCGGAGGGUUGUGGAGGAGGAAAUGGCGUGGAAUGAAGGGUUGAGGAUAUGGAUGGAAAGACGGAAUGCGUGGACAGGGGCUAGGUUGCCCACGACCGCAGCGGAUAGCCAAAGGAAUGGAACUGUUGUAGGCACUACUGGAAGCAAUGAGACAAGUGGUUCUGGGAGCCGUUACUAUGGAGAAAACGAGGAUGCGGAGAUGGCUUCCCCGGAUUCUACUGGGCAAGGGGAUGGCCCGUUACGACCUCCUCCUGCCUCAUUUGCUAGUGCUCCGCAGGGGGCAGAUGCUCAGAUCCUUUCGCCUAGUGAUUUAAUCGUCGACAUGGACAUCAGAGAAGCCGUCUCAACCAUCAACGCUGACGACAACCCCAACCCCAACUCCAAUCAACCUCGUGUCCCACAUUCUGGGGAGCCGCUAAUCCCUGUCGUGGAACCCCUCCUCCCAAUCACCAACGUCGUCCGGGCUUCUAUAAAGCCCUCUAUAUACCCUUCUAUAUAUAGCAAAGUCGUCAUCCAAUCUUUGACACCGGCUAUACCCAUAAAUCUGUCAGAUGUUACCAAGGCCCUAGUCCAAGGCUGGAAGGCGGAUGGCGAAUGGCCACCAAAGCCAACCAUCACCCAAGAUGUACCUAUUGUGAAAAAACGAACAGGAGGAAAUAAGCCCCCUAUCACCGAAGAUGCGGGGAAAUCGAGGCGGCUGAGUGGUUCUGGUGUUACGGGGGCUGUGAAGAAGGUUCUGGGCCUAUCUGGUAUCCAUACCGGCCGCCGCUUUCACAUUCGUGGCGGGAGUCAUGGUGAUGCCGUUACUGCUGCAGGUGCGUUUUCACCAACUACGUCGGGUGCUGCGCCGAAUGAACUUGGCGAAGCGCGUUAG